CUCUGAGACGACGGAAGGGCGAUAAUAUGCGACGCUGUUGUUAUGCUAACAUGCUAUGCUAGCUAAGUUAGGACCAGAGGACGCGGAAGAUUCUUUUCUGCGAAUCUUCCGACGAUUGAACCAAAAUCUAUCGCGUUCACCAACAAACUAAUAUGAUUUAAUAACAAUAUAAAAUAAUAACGUCUCUGGCGCCAGUGGAGCUGUUGUGAUGUAGGAACCUUUGAUCGUCGUUGAUGUUUCCCUGACGGAACCUGACAGGAGACGCACAGUGUGCAGAUCCAAACAUGCCGCGCGCCCUUCGGAACCAGCUGGCUCCCUGGAUAGAGACGCUGAUCCUGGGUUACGGCGGCGGGGAGGAGGGCGCCGGCGGCAGGCUGAAGGCGCAUGUGAUCGGGGUGGGGCAGAUGUCUCAGUCCCAGGCUCUGAGCUCCGAGGGCCUCACCGGGCUCCUCUUCCUGUCCGACGGGGUGCUGCAGCUCCCCGCCGUCCUCACCGCCUCCGCCUGGGAGCACCUCCAGGAGCAGGAGGACCGCGAGUGCUUCAGCAGCCUGGUCAACACCACCGUGUGCAUCCGGGACUACCGGCUCCAGCUGUUUGUGUCCCCGCAGCAGGUCCGGUGCCGCUUCUUCCUGUCGGUGGGGGAGCUGGCCACCACCGCAGCGGGUCCGGUCCGAGACAACACCCCGUGCUCCACCACCCUGCCCUCCGUCCGGCAGAAGAUCAUCCAGGCGUGGAGGGCGCUGCAGGGCACCGAGCUGCAGGAGUCCCAGCGGAGCCAGGGGGGGUUCGACCUGUCGGAGCUGCUGGGGGAGUGGCAGCACGACUGUGUGCAGACGGUGCUGGACGAUGUCCAGAAGAGGCUGGGGGGAGCGAGCAGCCCGCAGCCCUCCACCUCCACCCACACCCCGCUGCCCAGCCACCCGGCCCCCUGCAGCGCCACCAGCUGGGACGUGGACAGGGUGAGAUACAGAGGAGCGAGACGUUUCACUGUCCCGGUCCAGUGUCUUCUCCUCCCGGAGGAGGAAGCUCUGCGGCUGCAGGCGCCACCUGAGGUCAGGAAGCCAAGUGAGCCCUCUGCUGCCUCUGAGGUCACGAGGUCAGACGCACCACCCCCCCCAGUGGCCACACAGCCUCCCAGUGAGGAGGCAGAGGCGGUGACUUCCACGCCAGCUGUCAUAGAGACCAACACCCAUGAGGUCUCCUCUUCUCCUGUGUAUCAAGAGGACGAAACCGAACACCUGAUCUACAAUGACAUCACACUUCUAUCCAACCCGUGGGAUGUUCACCCUCCACCGUCCUCUGUAGCGUCCCUAGAAUCAACGCCAUCAACCCCUCCGCACAGCCCCCCCGCCGCUGAACCCGAGCCUGACCACGCUGCCAUGUUGCCCAGCACGCAACCUCCUGCCCUCAGCCUAGAGACCACAGAGCACAGCAAGGGAGAGCACAGCGGCAUCCCACCCUACCAGCAGCCGCCCUGUUCGACCAGCCUCCCUGAGGCCGCCGGGCCGUCAGAACCGUCGUCUCCUGUGAGUCCAGCAGAACCUUUCUCCAGAGCGGCCGACACGUCGCUCACCGCAGACGAGCGCUGCAACACCACAGCUCAACCGAAUCCCCCUGCUGUGGACAGAGAAGCUGACAUGUGGGCGAAGGACGAGGAGGAGGCUGAGGACGGGAUCUACGGGAAGAGACGGAGACGUGAGGAGGAGCAGAGGGAGGAAGCUCUGGAGAGCGGGACUCCUCCAUCUUGGCUCUUUGACACACAGGCAGUUCUCUGGGCUGAAGAGGGCGGUGGUGACACGAAGGGUCAAAGUUCACGAAGCAUCUGGAGAAAAACUCCCAGGGUUCACAGCUGCGGCCGAACGUUCUCCUACUCGUAUCAAGUGUCCGGACAGAACCUGCAGGACGUCAGCGGCCUCCCAGUCAGCGAGUCCCUGCUGCACUGGGCUGUGAAGUAUCUGGUUCCGAAGAGGAGAGACCCCCCCACCACGUGUCCGUGACCUCUGACCGCACCAAGGUCACGUCAUCGCAGCUUCAGGGACAGUUCAUGUUCGUCACAGCUGAGUUUGUUUUAUAUGUUUUGUUUAAAGCACUGGGGAAAAUAUGGUUUUUACUUUUUUACCCUAAAUAAAUGUUGUCAAUAACACAAAGUUCAUUUGUUUAAACUAAUGAGUAAAUAAAUAUUUCUACUUUUUCUGGAGGGAUGAAACCUUUCCUGUUAAUUAUGGGAUGUUUUCUGCUUUGAACCGUAGAUAAAUGGAAAGUGACGAGUCUCAGCAGGAAAUGCUUUGAACUCAUCAAUGAAGACACAACUCUUUGUCUCAGAUGUGUUAUUUUAUGACACUUACACUUGAGUGCAACACUGUAGAGUCAGUGAGAGAAAUGUUGUGCGUGUCCACAAGGUGUCGCUGAGAGACCACACACACACACACACACACACUCACAUGUACGACCUGGAAUUAGAGAAGUUAACAGUGAAUCUCCACAUGGAGCUGCUGAUGCUCUUAUUCUGAAGGUCUGAGGUCUUUGAUGAAUUAUCUUGGUGAGUAAGAUUCCGACCUGAGAGAUGAUGAUCUCACCUGAGGAACUUGAAUGCAGCACUGAUUUGAUGCAAUAACCAUAACAUUCAUUUUAAUGCUGCUGAGUUUUGGAUCAAAGAUGGACGACAUGACAGUUCACAACAUGUUAAGCCAAUCGAUCUUGACCGCCCCCUGGUGGCUGACUGCAGUAUAGAUCAUAAAAACCUUUCCUCCUCCAUGUUAGCCUUUUUAGAUCGUUUUUAUCCGACUGAUGUUUGUUGAAGGGUUCAUGUUUCUCAUAAGUUUGGUUUUAUUUGAUAUUUGAAGACUUGAAAACGAGCGGACACUGACUCCUGAUUGGUGGAGAGUGUUUAUCAGUAUGACCUGGAUACAGAAGCAUCAGGACCACGAGCGCUCGGACUCCCGGUGACCUCAGCGGCUGAAGAGGGCAGCGUUAGCAGAUAUUGGUGUUUCAUCGUGGACAGUGGAAGGAAGUGCAGGGGCGUCGUCCAUCUUUAUUUACAGUCUGUGGUUUGGAAGAAACAAACAUCAUCUGAGGUGGAAACUGGAAUAUUUUACUAAGGAUGCACUGAAAAAAAAUACUUCUAAUUGAAGGAGGAACCUUAUGUCAAUCCUUUAAAUGCUAAACAGACAUUUCCAAAACUUGUGGCAUUUUAAUAAAAUGUUAUCGCGUCAAGUAUUAUCAGAUGUUGAUUUACAUGUUUGAACAUCAUGGAGUUUGUAACUUGACCAUCAGUGGGAGGCAGGUUAUUAGGCUUCUUCAAAACUCU